GCCUACUCGCUCGAGCACACGUACGCCGGCGACAGCUUCUACGACGGGUGGAGCUUCUGGGGCAACAACGACAACCUCACGAACGGCAACACGUACUACGUCCCCGAGAGCAACUCGGCGAGCGUCGCGUUCACCAACUCGGCAGGGAACGCCGUCAUCCGGGUCGACAACAGCAGCGCGAUCGCGCCCAACGGCCUGCGCAACUCGGUCCGCAUCACGACUGAGCGCACGUUCGACCUCGGGCGCCUCAUCGUCAUGGACGCGCUGCAUCUUCCUUACGGCUGCGCGACCUGGCCCGCCUUCUGGUCGCACGCCGUCAGCUGGCCGAGCGGCGGCGAGGUCGACUUCUUCGAGGGCGUCAACCUCCAGUCGACGAACCAGGUGGCGAUGCACACGGUGACGGGCUGCUACGCCGACAACACGUCGGUCCCGACGGGCGAACUCACGUUCAACAACUGCGACCACGGCGUCGAGGCGAACAAGGGCUGCACGUACGUCGACCCGCGCAACUCGAGCUACGGCGCCGACUUUGCGGCGGGCGGCGGCGGCGUCUACGCGGCAGAGCUCGCGAGCGACGGCAUCUCGGUCUGGUUCUUUGCUCGUGCCGACAUUCCCGCCGACCUGUCGGGCUCGUCGCCCGACCCGACGACUUGGGGCCGCCCGAUGGCCUACUACCCGUCGUCGACGUGCAGCAUCAACCAGUACUUUGCGCCCCAGCAGCUCACGAUCAACAUUGCCCUGUGCGGCGACUGGGCCGGUCAACCCGGCGUCUUCUCCCCAGCGUGCGGUACCGGGCUCUGCAGCGACUACGUCAAGGACCCGCGCAACUUUGACGAGGCGUAUUUCGAGAUCCAGAGUAUCCGCAUCUUUGACGGCGGG